CUGUUGUGUUGUGUGUGGAGAUCUCUCAGAGCAGCAGCCCCUGAUCAUGUGACUCCUCCUCCUCCCUGUGACUGAUCACAUGACGGUGACAUCAUCGCAGGUCCUGUAAGCACACGGCUCCUCUACAGAUACAGGUUUCUCCAAUCCAGGAUCCUCUGCUGAUGUCUUCUAUAUAAGAGAAUUCUCCUGGAUGACCCAUCAACCAUGGAGAGAGACAGGAACAAGAUGGCCGACAGGAUCAUAAACCUCACCCUACAGAUACUCUUCCGUCUUACUGGAGAGGAUUACACAGUAGUGAAGAAGUCCUCUAGUGGGCGCAGUCACUCCCUGAUACAUGAGGAAAUGGAUGAACAGAAGAUCCGAGAACUCAUCAACAAGAUGAUGGAGCUGCUGACUGGAGAGUCAGAUCCAGUAAGAGAACAGCACCAGAGAGGUGUCCCCGUCCUCUUGAUGAGAAGAAUAUGGAGGACAUUACCACAGGGAAAUAUCUGAUCUAUAUUAAUCCUACAGAUAUAAAAGAUGAAGAUACAGAUGUGAGCGGUGAUAAGCAGUAUAAGGAGGACAUUCCUACAGGGAAAGAUCUGACCUAUAUUAAUCCUACAGAUAUAAAAGAUGAAGAUACAGAUGUGAGCGGUGAUAAGCAGUAUAAGGAGGACAUUCCUACAGGGGAAGAUCUCAUCUCGAUUAAUGCUACAGACAUAAGGGAAGAAGAAGAGACAGAUGUGAGCAGUACUGAGCAGUAUAAGGAGGACAUUCUUACAGAGAAAGAUCUGAUCUAUAUUAAUAUGACAGAUAUAAAGGAAGAAGAGGAGACAGAUGUGAGCGGUGAUGAGCAGUUUAAGGGGGACAUUCCUACAGGGAAAGAUCUGAUCUAUAUUAAUGCUCCAGACAUAAUAGUAAAAGUAGAAGAAGAGACAGAUGUGAGCGGUGAUGAGCAGUAUAAGGAGGACAUUCCUACAGGUAACCGCCCAGAUUCUUGUACCAGGAGAUCAGAGGAGAAUCUUAUAUCUUCAGAUUAUAAAGCAGAUGAUGAUAUCACACAAGAUACAUAUGAAGAACAUUCCAUUAUCCCAGAUACACCCUCAGCCCUUCACAGCCAAGAUCUGUCAUCUCAUCCUUAUAUACAGGUCCUGUCUUCUCAGUCAUCACAGGAUGUUCAGCAAAAUAAAAGUCACAGAAGGGGUGUUGGACAUCAAUGAGCUCAUACAGGAAGGAAACCAUAUUCAUGCUCAGAAUGUGGGAAAUGCUUUAUUUCUAAAUCAAGUCUUGUUAGACAUCAGAGAUAUCACACAGGAGUGAAGUCAUUUUCAUGUUCAGAAUGUGG